AUGGGCACUCGAGACAGCGACAUGACCCCGACUGGGUCGGUUACGGCGAAUGAAGAGUCGCCGGAUAUUCAACCUUCCUUGAAGGAAGCGAAUGAGGGGGUUCCCGAGGCUGCAGGAGUUCUCAAUAUGAGCGAGGAGGAGUGGAUGAAGGAUCCCCAUAACCCAUGGAACUGGCCUGCAAGUAAGAAAGUCCUGCAUAUUUCCAGCCUUUCAUUGGCAGCUCUUCUAGCUUCCAUAUCGACGUCCAUUAGCAGUCCAGCUCGCACACAACUCAUGGAAGAAUUCAACGUCUCUAGCACGGUUGCCAUCCUCCCGCUGACACUCUACGUCGUUGCCCUUGGAUUCGGCCCUGUUGUAGGCGGUCCUCUCUCCGAAACGUGGGGGAGACAUCCCGUCUAUCUGGGCUCGGUGCCUCUAGGUGGUGUAUUUGCAUUGGGUGCCGGCUUCACGAACAACUUUGGGGCACUGUGCUUCCUACGCUUCAUGUCUGGGUUCUGCUGGGCUCCUGUCUUGGCCACGGCUGCCGGGUCCCUAUCCGACAUCUUCCCUCCACGAACUCGCGGCCCGGCCUCCGCUGUAUUCAUCCUGAUGCCCUUCCUAGGGCCUGGAUUAGGCCCAGUCAUUGGUUCCUUCGCUGUGACAAGAAAGAGUUGGAGAUGGACGCAAUGGACACAGCUCUUCCUCGCCGUCCUCUGCAUCGCCAUCACACUGACCACCCAGGAGACAUACCACCCAAUCCUCAAACGACGCCUGGCGAAGAAAAGGGGCGAGCCAGUCCCCAAAUCCCCAGCCCUGGGCGACCGCCUCAAGAUGUUCGUCCUCAUCGCCCUCAUCCGCCCCGUCCGCAUGCUCCUCCUCGAGCCCAUCGUCGGCUUUAUCGCCCUCUACGUCUCCGCCGAGUUCGGCACCCUCUUCAGCUUCUUCGCCGCCGUCCCCUACACCUUCGGGCGGGUGUACCGCUUCUCCCUCGAACAGUCUGGCCUCGUCUUCCUCUCCAUCGUCAUCGGCUGCGUCCUCGGCCUCGUCACCGUCAUCCUCUGCGACGCCCUCAUAUACCGGAAGCAAUCCUCCAAAUAUCCGCCGCACCAGGUGCCGCCCGAGCACCGCCUCUACCCGGCCAUGAUCGGCAGCGUCGGCCUGCCCCUCGGCCUAUUCUGGUUCGCCUGGACCGCCCGCGAGGACAUCUCGUGGGCCAGUCCCGCCGCCGCCAUCAUCCCCUUCGCGUGGGGGAACCUGUGCGUCUUCGUCAGCACCAUACAGUACACCUCCGACACCUACCACGGGAGCGUCGUCGCCAGCGCCGCCAGCGCCAACACGCUGGCGAGGUAUGGGUUCGCCGGAGUGUUCCCACUAUUCACGAUCCAGAUGUACCAGCGGCUCGGAAUUAGCUGGGCGACGAGCCUGCUGGGUUUCAUCGCCCUCGCCCUCCUCCCUGUGCCCUGGGUCCUCUUCAAGUUUGGGGCUCGGAUCCGGGCCAAGAGCCAGUAUGAGACAGUCAAGACUGGUUAA